UCUCUUCAUUUGUACAACGACUUUUGUUCCUCACAUAGCCCUGAUUGUUUACAAGCGCUUUUGUGUAUUUGGUGGGUUGGAGGGUUCAUUUCUAGUUUGAUUCCAAUUAUCGUUAGCGGUGCAUUUCAGCUUGAAAUCAUUUUCCAAUGGAGUCAUAACCGUUUCGAUUGGCGGUCGUAAAUUAUUCUCGGAAUAUUAGCGAAAUGCAUCCUCUAAAACCACGAUCUUUCCCAACAGUGAUUCACUUGAAUAGUCUCACUUCUCAAGCUGAUUCGUAGUACCCUUUACCGGUGGUAUCUGGGAUUUUUUCGGAGAUCUUCCGGCCUUAUUCUUGAAUCCGGCACAAGUGAGUAAUACGCUAAAUAAUGAGACACCAUCGACGCAAGUUGCUUUUAUUUACACAAAACGAACUUUUGUAUACACAAAGUCGUAUCGGAUUGAGUAUAUAUAUUUUCAGAAAGCUCUGUUCAAAUCAUUGUCGAAUCUAGUAUUGAUCGGGUAAAGUGCGUGUUGAGCAGAUUCUACAUGAUGAAAGACGUGGUGGUGUCUGUUUUGAUUGUUCUAGCAACCUUGCUGAUGGUUUGCCAAGCGAAAAGAUCAACCCCUUCCCGGAUAUUACGAAAGAGAAGUUUCAAACCAAAGGAUGUGGACGAGGACUGCAAAGGGAUAGAAUGCACGUCGCCGAGUCGUUAUCCUGAGAGGCAGAUAAACAAAUUGGCAAGGAGGCUCAGGAUAGAAUCCUUCGGUAAAGUCUUCGAGCCAACGAAAAUGUUCGAUAUAAAACUCAGGUCGCCCUUCGAUGAAGAGGACGAUGAGGGAGAGAACGUUUGCGCCUUUAGGGAAGUCACUAUUUUUCCCAAAACAGCCAAGGAUGAGGAUUAUAAGCUGCGGUUUAUCGUGAACACCAAGGAACAUCAGCAAGGGAUAACCUACCAGCUUUGUACAUCCAAGGAAUCAUUCAUCAAUAGAAUGCUUCUGGGAUACUACUUCUUCUGCAAACAGAACUACAGCACAGUCAGAUUGCUAUAUCUGACUGAAGAUGGACAAUUGGAGUAUGGCAAAUUUCCGGUUCCAAGUGCUUGCGUCUGCUCUUACAAGAAAAAAAUAUGACAGUAGAAACCAUCAUGAAACCGGAAUCUCAGUUUGUUGCAUGUGAUAUAUUUCUGUAAAUCUCUUGUAAAUAUGAUCUCUUAUUUUAAUAAACUAUUUAUUUAUUA